UGGGUUGUGCUCUCACUUUGUGCAGGCCAGCACGUCCAGCUUCCUGGGGGAGUGUUUGCUUACACCAGGAGGGAGCCCCUUGGUGUGUGUGUGGGAAUUGGUGCAUGGAACUACCCCUUCGCGAUUGCUGCAUUGAAAUCUGCUCCUGCUCUUGCAUGUGGUAAUGCCAUGGUUUUUAAACCCUCUCCAAUGACCCCUGUGACUGCUGUGAUACUGGCUGAGAUCUACAAAGAGGCAGGGGUACCUGACGGGCUCUUCUGUGUGGUACAAGGUGGAGCAGAGACUGGUAGCUUGCUCUGUCAUCACCCAAUGGCUGCCAAAGUCACCUUCACUGGCAGUGUGCCUACAGGGAAAAAGAUCAUGGAGAUGGCUGCGAAGGGUGUGAAACAGGUAACUCUGGAGCUUGGAGGUAAAUCUCCCCUCAUUAUUUUCAAAGACUGUGAGCUGGAGAAUGCUGUGAGGGGAGCACUCAUGGCAAACUUCCUCACACAGGGACAGGUUUGCUGCAAUGGAACCAGAGUGUUUGUGCAAAGAGAUAUCAUGCCCAAGUUCCUGGAAGAAGUGGUGAGGAGAACCAAGGCCAUCCCUAUUGGUGACCCCCUGUUGGAGAGCACCCGCAUGGGAGCACUGAUCAGCAAGCCACAGCUGGAGAAAGUGCUGGGAUAUGUCAGUCAGGCCAAGAAGGAGGUGUGUCAGUGGUCCUUUGUUAGAUUAAUGCAGUGACAGUUACUUUUUUACAGCAGGCCCUAUGGACAGAUCUCAAUCAUCAGGAGGGCUACAAUAAAAUGACAUGGCUUGCAAAACAUGUCUAAUAAAGUAAUAACAAAACCAGA